AUCCUGCGAUCAAAAUGGCAGCGCCCAUCAUUCUCCGCUAUGUCAAGAAACUAGAAAUUCAUAAAGUUUGUUCUUACCUGAGAAGUGUCAGCUCAUGCCGAGUGCUCCCGAAACCAGCAACAUUAUGUUUGAUAUCCGUAGGCUUAGUUACUAAAGCUUCAUGUGCCACUAAAAUUGAUUUAGAGGUGCCUGAUCCUGGUUCAUUGUCGAGAGAGUAUUUGAUCAAAUCAUCAAGUAUCAUGGCUUCAGAGCAUGCAAUGAUCCUGCUAACUCAAACCACACUGGCACUGUUACAGGCAGAGAAAGAAUACAAGGAGGCGUUGGAUGCUCUAGCAUUUUUGUUGGAGUUGAAGCUUCAAGUUCUAGGUGACCCUACUGAGGAGGCUCGAAUCUGGGACAUUGUUCUCGAGGGAAGGGAUCUAGUACAGCGUACAAGAAAGAAGCGUGAUGAGUUACAGAUGCUUCAACAGUGUACAGAAAGAUUAGUAGACACAGCAGCAGAAGUGACUUAUAUGACAAGUGCCGAGGUAGUUGCGGUGAGUGCUUCAGAGAAAUUAAUAACUGUGAACAGGUAUCUCCGUGAAACCAGAGAGGCUUCUGUUAUGGCAGAAGCCAGACUAACAGAAACUGAAGUGAAGACAAUAGAAGUGGAAGGCAAGUAUGCCGAAGAACACAAAGAAGAGUUGGAGGAACAGAGACAAAAGCUCAUAGCUGAAGGAAUUGUAGUAGCUGGUGCUACUAAAGAUACUGUUAAUUCGAAAAAGGGUGUUACUAAAGAUACUUCUGAUUCAAAAAAAGGCUAUACGCCUUAUGAUACAAAUUUUAAAAAUGAACAAUCAACAAUAAAGGAUGAAGAAAAGGAUGAUUUUUUGGAAAUAAUUGACAAAUGGGGCUCAACUGGAGAAGAUAAAAGUGCACAAGAUAUUUGACUUUAUUUCAGCGAACACAGUGUAGAAAAUGAAUAUGUAAAUUUAAAAGUUCUUUAUUAUUUAAAAAAAAGGAAUUGGGUGGAUAAAGAGGAUGAUAAGCCAGUGCCCCAGAUAAGCUGCGUAUCUGCGUCUUUCACCCUAUUAAAAUGUUUAAAAACGCAAAGAAAUACAAUAUCAUGCGUAUUGAAAACGCACCCGAUUUGCCUUUUACGCACAUUUGUCUUAUUUGAUGCGUACAAUACAAUAGCUUUGAUCGAAAAUACUUUGCUCAUUUUCGGUAUUUUUUGUGAUUAUUUUUGUUACGCGGCGACGCUUUUAUUCAGCAAGCGCCUGGAUGACGGAGCAAUAAAACAGUCAAAGCUAUUCAAACGCUCUGCGGACUAGAUUUCAUAGUUAAAUAAAGCGGCUGACCAAAUUAUUUACGACGACAUACAUGCGUUUUCAAUCUGACUUAAUCCGUCGUUCAUUGUGCAUGUAUUUGUUAAGUGUCUGUACUUUCAGUUUCUAAUACGAUGCGUAAUAAAAAUGUCUAAGAGAAA